GACAGUGCCUAUGCUGUGAAAUUUUAUUUUAAUUAUUUGUCUUUUUAAAUAAUAUUAGAAAAUAAUCUCACUUGAAAAUGUUUGCUAUGUGUAAGAAAUAAGUACUUACUUACAGAAAUAAUAAUGUUGCGUCAUUGUAGAUAUUAUGUAUUAAAUUUUUUACAGUUGUAUUGAAUUCAUAACAUUUUGUACUAAUAAUUCAGAAUGAAUGGUGGAAUGGAGCAUAAGGCACCAGGACAUAAUGCAGUGCUGCACAAGGCGCCUAAAAACUACAAGCUGUUAAUAGAUCCAUUUCUUGUAAAAGGAGCCACAAAACUGUACCGAUAUGAUGGAGUUGUACCAGGAGAUCAAACAUAUCCUCCUGUUCACUGCAGAGAUCCUAGAUCUCAGCUCUCCAGGAUUUGGAAUAAACUUGAACCAGCUGAUUUACCAGUACCUAGAUUCAAAAUAGAUAAAAAUUAUAUUGGAACUCCACCAGCUGUUGAAAUAACUAUAGGAAAUUUAAAUGAUAACAUAGACCAAGCCUUUUUGUCGGACAUGAUGAAUAAAGUUGGCCCUUUUGAGGAGUUGACAAUCUUUUAUCAUCCAUUGACUAACCGGCAUUUGGGCUUUGCAAGGGUUGUAUUUCAUGAAGUUAAACAUGCCAAGUUGUGUAUAGAAAAAUAUAAUGGCAAAUCUGUUAUGGGAAAGGUGUUAGAAGUACUGAAUGAUGCCUUUGGUAGAAAAUGCCAAGAAAUAUAUGAAGAUAAGACCAUGGAAAAAAAACCACAACCAGUCCCGAUGAAGAUUCCACCUGAAGAUGUUCGGCUGGCAAAAGUAGAUUCUACUCUUAGUAAGAGGCUAGAGGAUACCAAACUGGUUGAAAAGGAACCAUACUCCCGGUAUAAAGACUUGGAACAUAGUGAUAGUAAUUCCCGAUGGUCUGACGAUGAUCGCGAAUACCGACAUAGGCAUCGACACAGGAGUGAGAGAGAUAGAGAUAGCGAUAGAGACAGAGACAGAGAUGGGGAUGGUCAUAGGGAGAAGAAGGAACGACACCGAGAGCGAGAGCGUUAUUCACGUGCGGCAGAAACCGAGAAAGCGUAUGCGACGUCGAGUCAUACGUCAGAAGUGCCGUUUACUCCCACCGGACCACUUAGCUACGAUCCCUACUAUCAGACGCCUGGUUACGGGUAUGGAUACGGGCCGGGUGCGACUCCGGGUGGGUCUGGCGUGUGGUGGGAUUGGCGCCACGCCCACCACACGCCGCAUACUCCGCACACGCCCCAUCAGCACACGCCCUCGCACUCGGAGCGGCGUUCUCGCAAGACGCCAGAAUGGACGACGAACGCGACAUCUCGCGUCUCACCCGAAAAGAAACCAGAGAAAGAGAAGGAAAAGGAAAUACCAAGUAAGCCAGAAGCGGAGGCGCCACCUCCGAAAGAAAGUUCCGUUGAACCAGAGCCGAAGCCACCGCCUCCUGCCGAUGAUCACAAGAAUGUCGAUUUAGAUACAAGAAUUGCGAUGCUGUUAAAAGGAGGCGCUAGUAGCGGAGCCUUGGCGCCUCCAUUCCUCGCUUUGGGAAUGUCCUCGGAGGAGGAAGAGGACGCCCGUCUUCCCACAAAGAUACCAGACCUGGAUGCACCGCAGCCACCUUCUGAUGAUGAAGGUUCAAUAAGUGAAGACCGUGAGAGCAUCAUCUCAGUUAACCAAGACCAAGAUUUCGACGCAGAGCCCUUGUCUAAGACCCCGUCACCCUAUCUAGAUCGAGAUAACUAUCUUGAAUGUCUUAAACUUACUAUUAAAAGGCAAUUACAGGAAGAGGAAAGAAAAAAAUUACCUCAAAUAGACAAGAUUGGGUCGGAUAUAUCAUCAUCUGAAGAUGAAUUGUUGACUGGGGAGAAGAAACAUCAUUCUCCAGAACCUCUGGAUAAAGAUAAGGAUAACUUAGAUGAUGAUCAGAUGUCACUAUCUUCACUGUCUUCGACCGAGGCUAAGAUCGAGGAGCAAGUCCCCGCCGAGGGGUACUUUUAUCCACCUGCGCCUACGCAUCACUCACAUUACUACCAACAUGUAUGGCCUACAGGAUAUGGAGGUACGGCAUAUGCAGGCGUAGUACCAGCUGUGGGUGAAGUACCUCUCUAUGGAGCCUUUCCUCCACCCAUUAUACCACACUACCCACCCCCUCAUGGACAUCACGCGCAUAACUAUGAUCUACAGGAAUUGGAUAACCCUCACUAUCCAACCAUCAACUGCGUCAUAGAGCGAGUGAAGGCAGAACUAAAACAGAUCUUGAAGAAAGACUUUAAUAAGAAAAUGAUCGAAAGCACUGCUUUCAAAAAUUUUGAAAUAUGGUGGGAUGAGCAGAGUAGGAAAACCAGAACGAAAGCAAAGGAAGAAGUUGGACAACCAUUGCAGGAUAUUUCAAAUAAGAAAGAAGACGUGGAUUCGAUUAAGUCUAUAAUGGAGUCGAGAGAGCUUAGUCUAGAGCUGGGUGGCUACGGUACUGGCGUAGGUCUGGGUCUUCGAGCCGCUAUCCCCAAGAUGCCCAGCUUCCGCCGGAAAAGGAAGAUACCAUCACCUGUGAGGAUGGAUGAGGACAGUUCCAAACGGCUUAGUGAUCAGGAGGAGAUUGUUCAGAAUUCAGACGAAGAGAAAGAAGUACCAACCAGUCCCAGGAACAGAAUUACUGGUUCAUAUUUAUCAACAGGACGGAGGCGCGAUUCAACGAGCUCAUCGCGAUCAUCAUCCAGUUCAUCAUCACAUUCGUCUUGGUCGGGAUCAGAGCGUUCUGCGACGUCGCGUCGUUUGACAGCGCCGCGGAUAUACUCUGAUACUGACGAUUCGGAUCUUGAUGAGUCGCAGUUUAAGGUUCUUUCAAACAAAGAGAGGUUACGGAAAGUUUACUCUUCAUCUUCUGACAGUGAUGAAGAACAAAGAAGAGCUGAGAGAGAGAAAACACCAAUACCACCUGUGGAGGCAUCCGCGGAUGACAGAUUGGGAUCACCCAUACUUUCACCGGAGCCUCCCAAAGAUAUCUUCGACAGAGUAUAUUCGGACUCUGAAGAAGAGAGGGAAUACCAGGAGAAAAGACGACGUAACACGGAAUACAUGGCUCAGAUUGAGAGAGAGUUCUUGGAGGAACAGAGACGGAAAAUGGAGAUGGAGAACGUACCCGAACCUGAUAAGCCUCCUGAUACAAGUAAACAAGAGUCACCUAAAGAAAGCCGCCUCAGUCCACACAAGAACCACCGCAAGUCACCGGAGAAGAAACCAGCCAAAUUGGAAGAAGGCGAGAUUUCUUCAGAAGAAGAACCACUCGAGGCUCGCAGGAAGAAGGAGAGGAAGCAGAGGAAAACCAAGAGGAAACCGGAGAAGAGAAGGCCCUCAGUUAGCGACAGUCACACGGAUACCGCUGUCAGUGUUAAUGGGGUUAAAGAGGAUGAAGUCCAUUCCCCGGCGUCUUCCCCUCGGUCCCAGGCGUCCCAAGAGUCGCAGGAGUCCCAAGCGUCGCAGGCCUCUCAAGUGGCUCUUGACCAUUCGUAUUGCAGACCGCCAACCGAUGCCGAAGAGACACCCGUUAGGCGACUGUCUAACUCCAAUCAUCUCCAUCAUGAUCAUGGAUACACAUGGAUGACGGAACCGGAAACAGAAUCUCCCGUCACAAAGGUCGAAGAGAUUAAACCCGUGGAAAAGACCAAAAGACCAUACAAACGGAAACAUGAGACCAAAAAACUCGCUGAAAUACAAAAUAAGUUAUACGAACCUAUGGAGGACUUUAAAAAGAUACAUUCAAAUAUAACCUUUAAACCCCGCGACAUAAUGGCGGAGAUGCAAGUUAUGUAUGAAUUCCUCACGAGAGGCAUAGACAGGGAAGAUAUAGAGUAUCUGAGGCGGGCCUAUGAAGCUCUAUUGGCAGAGGACACGCAGGACUACUGGUUGAAUGACACACAUUGGGUUGAUCAUCCUCCCACAGACAUAAUUUAUAGUCCGCCCAGAAAGAAGUCCAAGCGAUAUAAUAAUAUCUACGAGGAUUUGCAGGGCCAUUCGAGCGGUUCAGCUCGUACAGAAGGCUAUUACAAAAUGGACGCUCGCGUCAAAGCCAAGUACAAGUACCAUCACGGACGGGCGCCUCUCGCCACGCACGACGAAAAGGCUCGCGCUAACAAGAUGCAAUUACUCUCAAGAGAGGCCAGAUCCAACCAGAGAAGACUGCUCACCGCCUUUGGAACGGAUACAGAUUCAGAUUUGCUUAAGUUCAAUCAGCUUAAAUUCAGAAAGAAGCAGCUCAAGUUUGCAAAAUCUGGUAUUCAUGAUUGGGGCUUAUUCGCACAGGAGCCGAUAGCAGCAGAUGAAAUGGUAAUAGAGUACGUGGGUCAAAUGGUACGUCCGAUAGUGGCGGACGUACGCGAAGCACAAUACGAAGCGACGGGCAUCGGAAGUUCGUAUCUCUUCAGAAUCGACUUAGAUACGAUCAUCGAUGCUACGAAGUGCGGCAACCUCGCACGGUUCAUCAACCACAGCUGUAAUCCUAACUGCUACGCGAAGAUAAUAACAAUAGAAUCGCAGAAGAAAAUUGUGAUUUAUUCGAAACAACCGAUCGGGGUUGACGAAGAAAUUACAUAUGAUUACAAAUUCCCGCUGGAAGAUGAGAAAAUACCGUGUCUUUGUGGCGCACCGCAAUGUAGGGGAUUCCUCAAUUAAUUUAUAUUUAAUUUUCAAAGGUAAGAUAUUUUUACGGCUUUAGCAAUUUCAGUCAAAACUUUAAAAAAAUGUUCAAUGCUAAGUGUCAGAAAACUUACAUGGUUCCUUUUUCCGAUGUUUUUUUUAUAAUUUCUCGUCAAAUUGUUUAGAUAAACAUUGACAUUGGUAAAGACAGAUUUGCAACAGAAGACUUACCUUAACUUCAUCAUUUUAUUUUUGAGUUUUCGUAUGUUAGGGAUGACAUUUGCGACAUCAUCGCUACUGACAGAAUGAGUUCUGUCUUUAGUGACGUCAAAUUUUUGAAACCUAGCCAAUUUAACAGAGCAUCCACCAUCUUUAAAUAAAUUGUGAUUUCCGAUACAUUUACUGAAAUAAAAUCAAUUCGUUUUUUUAUUCCAUACACACUCCUUUGUCGAUUAAAUUUUUGUUCUUUAUUAAAAAUAAUUAAUUGAAUUUCAAUGGUCUUGUAUGAUUUAAAUGAAUAGUAAUGAAAGAAAUUCUAUAUUUUGUCCUGCUCUGUACGUUUAUCUUAAUUUGCUCACGAAUUCACGAAGACUCAGACUGCCUCAACGAUGAUUACAUUACUAAUAAAUAUGUGUAUAGAGUGUGCUUGUGUGGCGUGAAAAAAUCAAUUUGUAUUAUAUUACGACUGAGUAAGGAUAAUCUUAUGUCUGUGUGUGUAUAUUUACUGUGAAUAAUUCGAUCUCGACUGUUCGACGAAUUUUGUAGGGCAGUUUAUAAGUACAGUACUAUAGGGGUUUUGUUUGAACUCGCUAUUUCGGUUAAUUUUGUAUUUAUAGGAUAUGAGAGCUAUUUUGUACAUGUCGGCUCAAAUCCUUCCAAUGCACUACGUUAAUGAUAGUUUCGUAUUAUGUAAGAAUGUAAAUAAUAAAAUUAUGCAAUUUGAA